AUGGCACAGAGGGUUGUUGCCGUUAUUUACAUCGUCCUGAUCUUGGGGAAGGAGUUCCAGGCCGAGCCGAUUGCUGUACCAGGCCCUUCAUCUGGGAUCAUGCUACAGGAUACCACGGGAUUCAUCUUGACGAAUAAGAGGAUUCUAUCCCAAAAGAUCUACGUCAGUUUGGACCCACGUGUCUUCGUCGAGAGACAGUUCAACAUUUCUGAGAUUUCGUCUCCGGAGAUAAAGAGUUGGUAUCAAAUGCACAUCGGCUAUUCCCAAGAAAGGGUUACACAGAUCCUGGAACAGACGAGGAAAACCAUGACCAGAGAACAGUUUUCAACAAGUCGACGACCAAAGCGGUUCAUUUCUGCAAUUACAGCCGCCAUAAUCUUUGCCGUAGUGGGCACUGUCAUUGCCACCGGUGUAUCAGCUGUUAAUUCCAUCUCUAUUAAGACAUUGGAACUUGAGAUCGGUUCACUGAAAAGGAACCUAAUGAGUAUUCAUGCAGAGAUGGAGGAUCAGAAAAAAAAACAUUUAUCGGACUUAUAUUCCGUUGCAGAGGAUACUGUCGUUACCGCUGACUUACACUCAAAGUUAUUGGCUCAUUCAAUAGUUCUUCAUGAGAGUCACGAACAGUUUAAACAAGAACUAAUGUCUCUGAAGACUUUGAAUGAAAAGCCCUUUGUGACAUUCCAAUCUUGGCUAGAGAACAUUGAUCUCAUCUCUCACCUUACAGCCUCCUGUCUGCAGCAAGAACAUGUGCUGUGGCGCCCCCUUCAAAGCCAGGAGUGA